UCAUUUUUCACUGACUCCUGGCCUUGUAGCUGGCCUUUGCAGCCACAGAGUGCUUCCUGGGCCUUCAGUGGGAGCAGCAGGGAGCUCCUGGCCUCCCUCCACUCCCUCCUUUCUCUUUUGUCUACCCUAGGCCCUGUUUGAUACGCAGAAUGAGCUACGUACACACAUCCCAAACUUCACCUUCAACCUGGGCUACUCAGGGAAAUUCUUCCACACAGGUACUGAUGCUGAGGAUGCUGGGGACGACCUGCUGCUGUCGUACGUGAAGGAAUUCUGGUGGUUCCCCCACAUGUGGAGCCACAUGCAGCCCCACCUUUUCCACAACCAGUCUGUGCUGGCCGAGCAGAUGGCCCUGAACAAGAAGUUCGCUGUCGAGCACGGCAUUCCCACAGACAUGGGGUAUGCAGUGGCGCCCCAUCACUCGGGUGUGUACCCUGUGCACGUACAGCUAUAUGAGGCCUGGAAGCAGGUGUGGAGCAUCCGCGUGACCAGCACAGAGGAGUACCCCCACCUGAAGCCGGCCCGCUACCGUCGCGGAUUCAUCCACAACGGCAUCAUGGUCCUCCCGCGGCAGACCUGUGGCCUCUUCACACACACCAUCUUCUACAACGAGUACCCUGGUGGCUCCAGUGAGCUGGAUAAGAUCAUCAACGGGGGCGAACUCUUCCUCACUGUGCUCCUCAAUCCUAUCAGCAUCUUCAUGACACACCUGUCCAACUACGGGAAUGACCGCCUGGGCCUGUAUACCUUCAAGCACCUGGUGCGCUUCCUGCAUUCCUGGACCAACCUCCGGCUGCAGACACUGCCCCCUGUGCAGUUGGCCCAGAAGUACUUCCAGAUCUUCUCUGAGGAAAAGGACCCGCUCUGGCAGGAUCCCUGUGAGGACAAACGCCACAAAGACAUCUGGUCCAAGGAGAAGACUUGUGACCGUUUCCCAAAGCUCCUCAUCAUCGGCCCCCAGAAAACAGGCACCACAGCGCUCUACCUGUUCCUGGGCCUGCACCCGGACCUAAGCAGCAACUACCCCAGCUCGGAGACCUUUGAGGAGAUCCAGUUUUUUAACGGCCACAACUAUCACAAAGGCAUCGACUGGUAUAUGGAGUUCUUCCCUAUCCCCUCCAACACCACCUCCGACUUCUACUUUGAGAAAAGCGCCAACUACUUUGAUUCAGAAGUGGCGCCCCGGCGGGCAGCAGCCUUGUUACCCAAGGCCAAGGUCCUGACCAUCCUCAUCAACCCAGCAGACCGGGCCUAUUCCUGGUACCAGCACCAGCGAGCCCAUGAUGACCCAGUGGCCUUGAAGUACACCUUCCAUGAGGUGAUCACAGCCGGCCCUGAUGCGUCCUCAAAGCUGCGCGCCCUCCAGAACCGCUGCUUGGUCCCCGGCUGGUAUGCCACCCACAUCGAGCGUUGGCUCAGCGCCUUUCAUGCCAACCAGAUUCUGGUCUUGGAUGGUAAACUGCUGCGAACAGAACCUGCCAAAGUGAUGGACACAGUGCAGAAGUUCCUUGGGGUGACCAACACCAUUGACUACCACAAAACUUUGGCGUUCGAUCCAAAGAAAGGAUUUUGGUGUCAACUGCUAGAAGGAGGAAAAACCAAGUGUCUGGGGAAAAGCAAGGGCCGGAAAUACCCAGAAAUGGACCUGGAUUCCCGAGCCUUCCUGAAGGACUAUUACCGGGACCAUAACAUCGAGCUUUCCAAGCUGCUGUACAAGAUUGGCCAGACACUGCCCACCUGGCUGCGGGAGGACCUCCAGAACACCAGGUAGCUGUGGCCACCAUAGCCAGACUGAAUGUUUGUGAUGGCAGGAUGUCCUGCCACACGCUGAGCCAGACUGACCUGCAGAGUGGAGAUUGGGCCCAGGGCUGGCCAAGCACUUACGAGCAAUACUCUGCUGAGGCCCACACGGGGCCAGGAGAAGAGCCCAGGCAGGUCCACAGCGCCUGAGAGUGUCCACUGCUGGGUCUGUGGCCAACAGGACCUUCUAACCACCAGAGGUCCAUUCUGUUCACAGCUUCUCCUAGGGCGCCACUUCAUGUUGGUGGAUGGGCACUUCCUGGUAGGGGGGGGUCCACAAAGCUCUCUCUUCUGUCCCUCACUGUGUUGCCCCAACCAUCCCUUCUCCUUCAUCCCGUCGUUCCCUGUUCCAGCAGGGCAUCCCCUCAGUAUUAGCUGCCAUAUUUUCCCUGUCCUCUGACAGUAAGGGAGAAGAGCCCAGUUGGGUCUUUUGCCAAACCAGGGAGAGAGACUGGACAUUGCCCUGACUUGUUUCAAGCCAGGCUCUUCAGAAGGGUCAGCUGGAUCCCCGGAGUCAGCCACUUAGCUGGAUGUGAGGGUGGCCAUCUCGAGAGAAUGCUGAACCUAAUACCUUCACAUCUCACCUUUCCCUUUUGAGGAAAGACUCUCCGGUUCCUACAGUAUCUACCCAGUCCUCAUGGCCUCCUGCAGGGCCCUGGGGCACUGCCAUGCUGUUUGAGCCCAGAGACCAGGCCUUAGCUGGACCCCUUCUUCACCCUGGGAUAUGACACGUGUGGUAUUUCCUGUGGUAAAAGACUGAGGCGGUUUAGGAGUCUGCCAGUAUACAUGUGACCAUGUACAGGUGUGUCCCCACACCCACCCUGCCUCGGCCUCUGGCAGCCACGGGCAGAGCCAACUACUGCUUUGCCCCAGCUUCCUGUAGCCGAGGGUUCCCAGACACCCCCCACCCCCUUUUAACCUCCCAGAUACUAAGAAGCUAAAGUAUUUUAAUAUUUUGGGUUUUUUUCUUGGUGCCAGAGUUUAUACCCGGGUGCUGGGGUCGCACUGUGUUUUUUCUAUAUAUAUAUAUAAUAUGUAUAUAUAUAUAUAUAUAUAUUAUAUUUUUUUUGGUUGGGUUUGUUUUUAAUUCAGUUGUACAAAAAUGGUGGUAAGCCCCUGUCUCAAGGGGUGUUCUAUCUUAGUGCUAGAGAAUGAGGCGGAAGGGAGGGAGGGUAUGUCUUUAUGUGUCUGGGGCCUCACGGAGACAGACAGUAUGAAGGUACCCUCAGAGAGGUCUCUCUUUGCUCUCCCCAGUGCCAUGGCUGUCCUGGAGCCACCAUAAGUGAACAGAGGUGGUGAGAGGUACAGGGAAGCCCUAUUCUUUCCAGGAAAGGCUUCAUGAAGCCCAGUGACCCUGGGGAAAUUUUGGCCAAAGGAAACAGCUGGGGCUGGACUAGGAGCUGGGGCCAAAGCUGGCCCAUCACCUCUCCCUCACAUGGUGCUAGGCUGGGAGCUGCUCUAGGAGAUAGGGUGCCCACUGGGACCCACAGCACUGUCUCCAGGCCCCUGUAGACAGGGGGAUCUCUGGGCUGAUUUCUGGCUGGAGUCUGCUCCUCUCCCCCCUUAACAAUGUGAAGUAACUGAGGCUGGGGUGCUUUUCCCAGCCCCCUUCCAACUGCCAGUUCAGCUUUGAAUUGACACCCAGGAAGUACUUUCUGGAGAGGCUUUUCUUGUUCAGAAGACGUUAGCAAGUUGGGCUGAAAGAGUCCUUUGACGGGUAUGAAGCAGGUCCAGAAAGGGGAGAUGACCUGCUUGGCUCGUCAUGGAGCUGGCUGGGAGCAGGGCUGAGCAUUGAACCCAAGGCUCCCGAUUCCAAGUCCAGUGCUCUUCUUCCAAUGCCACACUGCCUCUGAGCCCAUCUGAGGACCCUGCUCUGUGCCAGGUUCCUGUCCCUCCCUCUGUCACAACCGUGGUCAUUCCAGGAUAUGGGGACAAACCACUCCUUCCCAGCCAGGGUGCCUUUGAGCCUUCCCAUUCCCAGGUGUGUGUUUGCAUCACUAUCUUGUUCUCCCGCCUUAGAGGUCUUUCCCCAGCCCACAGGGCCUGGGUCUAUUCUGAGCUGAUUCUCUUUCCUCAAGUUCUCCACUAGGGUGGAGA